CCCCAUGCCAUGUCAACACCCAACCAAUCCAACACCAACCCUCGGCCUUUUCUCCUGACGGGCAUCCCUGACCUGGAAGCUCUCCACGUGUGGAUUUCCAUCCCAUUCUGCAUCACCUACGUCACAGCCGUGCUGGGGAACAGCCUGGUGCUGCUGGCCGUGAGCCUGGACAGGAGCCUGCACGAGCCCAUGUACUAUUUCAUCGCCAUGCUGGCUGGCAUUGACCUCACCUUCUCCACCGCUGUGGUCCCCAAAAUGCUAGGUGUGUUCUGGUGGGGUUCCAGGGAGAUUGGCUUUGAGGCCUGCUUCACCCAGAUGUUCUUCAUCCACACGUCCACAGCGGUGGAGUCGGGGGUGCUGCUGGCCAUGUCCCUGGACCGCUACGUGGCCAUCUGCAGCCCCCUGAGGUACAGCACCCUGCUGACGGGCGCCAGGGCCGGCCAGAUGGGCCUGCUGUGCCUGGCCAGGGGAGCUGCUGCCAUGGCCCCCCUGAUGUGCCUGCUCACCAGGCUGCCCUACUGCAGGGGCAGGGCGGUGCCCCACUCGUACUGCGAGCACAUGGCCGUGGCGGGGCUGGCCUGCGCCGACCCUGCCCCCGGCCACCGCUACAGCCUCGCCGUGGCCACGCUGCUGGUGGGCACGGACUCUGCCUUCAUCGCCUUCUCCUACACCAUGAUCCUCAGGGCCGUGGGCAGGCUGCCAUCCCAAGAGGCUCGAGCCAAGGCCCUCACCACCUGCGGGUCCCACGUUUUCAUCAUCCUGAUCUUUUACGUCGGGGGCCUCCUCUCCAUGUACCUGCAGAUGUUCCCUUUUGGCCUGACCCCUCACGUCCAAGUCCUGGUGGCUGACUUGUAUCUGACGGUCCCUCCCAUGCUCAACCCCCUCAUUUAUGGCAUAAAGGUGAAGCAGAUCCAGGAGGGGAUCCUCAAAGUGCUGGGGCAGCUGGCAGGACCCAGGCUCACAAGCUGUUAA